CUGCAAGCAAGCUUUUCCUCUGCCCAGUUACAUCUAAUACAACGUCUGUGGUUGUUCUCCAGCAGGGAGAAGGGUGAUUUCUGCAUUAACAGUUCCCUGGAAAUAACAAACUCUUUGUUUCCAGGUGUCCUGCAGAAAGCCAGGUUUUUUGGUUUUGAUUUGCUAAUCAAACACCUGGAAAUAGCCCUGAAGCUGUUGAACAACAUUCCCAACAGAAUUCCCAGCCAGCUGAGGAUCACUGUCCCACCUCUCAGAAGGAGUUUGUCCGGUUCCUGCUGGCAACACCCCCCAAGUCCGAGCUGCGCUGUCAGUGACUCCUGUCUGUGCCAGGGUGCCAACCUGCCAGGGGUGAAGAUGCUGCGCUCCAACGCAGAGGGAGCGUCCCUGAAAGGCUGCAACUCUGAGGAGCCAUCAGGCCUUGAAGCUAAUCUGGAAGGUGCCAACCUGAAAGGAGUGGCCAUGGAGGGCAGUCAGAUGACAGGAAUGAACCUCCGAGUUGCAAAGUCAGCUGGUAAUUUGGGGGAUUGCUGGCUUUUGGCUGAUCUCUCCAGCUUCAGAGUACAAUGGAGUUCAGGUUGUGACCUCCAGGAAGCCAAUUUGAGGGGCUCUGAUGUGAAAGGAGCCAUCUUUGGAGAGAUGCUGAACCCCCUGCACACGUCCCAGAGCAUCAGAUAGGGAAGAGAAGACGUUGAAGAGGAAGGAAUCCAAACAUUUGUUGUGACUUCCUUCAUCUCCUCCCCUUCCUGAGUUAGAAGGAAUGCUUA